GAAUGGUAGGUCUGGCGCCUCCAUCUUUCCGCCCCGCGCCCAGAUGGCACAAAGGGGCAGCGCCGCCCGGCCGCCGGCCUGAGCGGGGGACGAGCCCGGCACCGCCCCGAUAAGCACAGCACAAUCUCUUGCCCGGAGCUGGGAAUUCUGUAUUUCCUCAGCCAUCAGGAAAACCACCUCCUUUCUUGGAAACGUAUCUUCCAAGUGAAUCAUUCUUUCCAAAUCUCACAUGUGCGCUGUGGCUCGACCCAAACCUGGGGUCACUGCUGAAGGUGCAGCUAUUGAAAACAGUGGAGCAGCAUAAUUCACUGAAUGUGCUUCCGGAUGAUGAUGCAUAUUUUAAUUGAUGAUGUCGGAAGCUAAAUCUACAAUUCCCCAUUCAUUCCAGCUUGUUAGCAACACAUAAAAUGCAAAGACCACAAUUCAGGAUCACAAAAACAUUGCUCUUACAUCUUUCUAGAUGAUUGUAGUUGCUCUGAUUGUGUUCUAUGCUAGCAGAAGCCUUCUCCAAGGUUUACUGCUGACUCUAGAGCAGCACAUCCCCUGCAUACUGGGAACUUUGGGUGCUAGCAACAUGGGCAACUCCUGUGUUUGUCGAGAUGAUAGUGGUGUGGAAGACAACGUAGAAUCCCAGAAUCCGCAAACACAGAAUAGUAGAGUACCAGUACCUGAAGCAAGAAGCCAUCCAAGGGACCCUGUAAGGCCACCCAGGAGGGGGCGAGGGCCACAUGAACCAAGAAGGAAAAAACAGAAUGUGGAUGGACUAGUGCUUGACACGCUGGCAGUAAUACGGACACUGGUAGAUAAUGACCAGGAACCUCCUUAUUCAAUGAUAACAUUACAUGAAAUGGCAGAAACAGAUGAAGGCUGGCUGGAAGUUGUCCAAUCUUUAAUUAGAGUUAUUCCAUUAGAAGAUCCAUUGGGGCCAGCUGUUAUAACAUUACUACUGGAUGAGUGUCCACUGCCAACAAAAGAUGCAUUGCAGAAAUUAACUGAAAUAUUAAAUUUAAAUGGAGCGGUUGCCUGCCAGGAUUCCUGUCACCCUGCCAAACAUCGUAACACAACUGCAGUACUGGGCUGUUUGGCUGAGAAACUAGCAGGUCCUGCAAGUAUAGGCUUACUCAGCCCAGGAAUACUGGAAUAUUUACUGCAGAGCUUGAAUUUCCAGUCCCAUCCGACGGUAAUGCUUUUUGCACUAAUAGCACUGGAAAAGUUUGCACAAACAAGUGAAAAUAAAAUGACAAUUUCUGAAUCCUGUAUUAGUGACCAGCUUGUUUUGUUAGAGAAAUGGACAGAUAAUCCAGACUAUUUAAAACGCCAAGUGGGAUUCUGUGCCCAGUGGAGUUUAGACAAUCUAUUUUUGAAAGAAGGCAGACAGUUUACAUAUGAGAAAGUUGACUUGACCAAUAUUAAGGCCAUGCUGAAUAGUAACGAUGUCAGCGAAUACCUUAAGAUCUCACCACGUGGACUGGAGGCUCGAUGCGAUGCCUCCUCUUUUGAAAGUGUUCGAUGUACGUUCUGCGUUGAUUCUGGGGUUUGGUACUAUGAAGUCACAGUAAUUACUUCAGGCGUGAUGCAGAUAGGAUGGGCCACCAAAGACAGCAAGUUUCUCAAUCAUAUUUUUGAUCGAAGCCUGUACUUCCGACAUCUCAACUGGACUAAUGUUUGUCAAGAAGGUUACGGUAUUGGGGACGACGAGUACUCCUGUGCAUAUGAUGGCUGCCGGCAGCUGAUUUGGUAUAAUGCCAGAAGUAAACCACAUUCCCAUCCCUGUUGGAAAGAAGGAGACACAAUAGGAUUUUUACUUGAUUUGCAAGAAAAGCAAAUGAUCUUCUAUUUAAAUGGGAACCAGCUUCCCGCUGAGAAGCAAGUGUUUUCAUCUGCUGUAUCUGGCUUUUUUGCUGCAGCUAGUUUCAUGUCCUAUCAACAAUGUGAGUUCAAUUUUGGAGCAAAACCUUUCAAGUAUUCACCUUCAAUCAAAUUUAGCACCUUUAAUGAUUACGCCUUCCUGACAGCAGAGGAGAAAAUAAUUUUACCAAGACAUAGACGUCUGGCUUUGUUGAAGCAAGUGAGUAUCCGAGAGAACUGCUGCACGCUGUGCUGUGAUGAGGUAGCAGACACAGAACUCAGACCGUGUGGACACAGUGACCUGUGCAUGGAGUGUGCCUUGCAACUGGAGACCUGCCCGUUGUGUCGACAGGAAAUACAGACUAGAGUCAGACAGAUCUCUCACAUUUCAUGACACGUGGAGAAAUAUCAUGGACUUAUUUCUAAUCAAUUCCAGCCAAUGCUGCAAGGGACAAGCAUCUCUAACCAAUCUAUACGCACAUCAAAACCAUAGCCGUGACCAGAUUUCAUGCUACGCCAUAGUUUAUCUUAGAAAUGAAAUCUUUAAUAAACUAACCCAACUUGCCAGUGCUGGGGAACUGGCUUCAACAAUAGAUAAUAGUUCAACAUUUUAUGGCUGUUGGUUAUCUCCAAGCAAGACCACAGGAGAGUGUCUUUCUUUUUCUUUCUUUCUUUCUUUUUUUCUUUCUCUCUCACCUAUCACAAGUGCUGAAAAAGAAUUUGCACUGGAAAUAUACACAAAGUACAUAAAAUCUUCUAAAACAGGGACAUUCUGUCUCAUGCUCUAAAGUCCUUAUUUUUGGCAGAAGUCAUGAAUAAAGUAAGCCAAUAUGUCUUUAAUGUAGCCUCUUGCUGGUCAGAGACUGUUUUCCGACAAUGGAUAUUAAACUGCUCAAAGACUUGAAAUCUGUACACAGACAGACUGGUUUGAAAAGAAAGUGCAGAGACUGUAGAAAAAUCCAAAUUUUUGAUAACUCAAUGAUUCCAAAGAACGUUCUGAUUUCUUUUUUUAAACUGCAGAAAAUUGGUGGUAUUUUCACAUUCAUAGUGUUUCUAAUUACUUCAAUUUCAGUACCCAUGUUUAGUGUAAGAAUUCCUCCUGAAAAUUAUUCUUUUCACUAAUUGUAAUGCUGGACGGGAGACAGUUUGAAAUUUUGGGUAUUUUUAAGGUACCAUCAAUCAUCUUUUUUUUAAUCAGUAUUGUUUUUUGAAAGUUAUGUACAUUUUGAAAAUCUUGAGCUAUAUUCUCAAAAGGUCUGGAAAGAAUUCUGAGCAAAUGUAUUAAUAUUGUUUUAAACGAAUACAUGUUGUUUGAAUAGCA